GUUGCUCAACUCACGAAGUUAAAAAUGAACUUGGUGAACACUCCGGAAGAAAGUGAUGAAGAAAAGGAAGAAGUUCAACUAGAAGCUGAUUUUAGUCACACUACUAGAGGAACUGCACCAGAAAAGGGAGCUACUGAUUUUAAGGUUGACAUACCAACCUUUGAAGGAAAGAAUGAUCCGGACGACUUUCUAGAGUGGCUGGAAACAGUUGAGCGUGUCUUUGAUUUCAAAGAUGUGCCCGAAGAUAAGAAAGUCAAGAUUGUGGCGUUGAAGUUCCGAAAGUAUGCGUCCACUUGGUGGUCCAAUCUUUCCACCAAAAGAAGGCGUGAAAACAAGGCUCCGGUGAAAACUUGGUUCAAAAUGCGGAGCUUGUUGAAGAAGAAGUUCUUGCCCGAACAAUACGUACGAGACAACUUUGCUAAGCUUCAAC